AUGUCUGGCUCUGCACAUUCCCAACAACAAUGCUCCGCCGAUGCUUUGCCCAGUGUCGACGGUAGCCGGACGAGCUCUCUCAUACUAUCGGAUUCGGUAUCAGCACCAGCAUCAACAUCAUUUGCAACUGUAUCUGCAUCUGCAUUAGCAUUGGAACCUUUCGGUCUUUCCGACCAAGCAACGUCCAUGUCGGCAUCCGUCUACCCAACCGAUGCCGGACCUAAGCACUCAUCAUCAUCAUCAUCACCACCACCACCAUCACCACCCCUCCUCCAGUUUCCAGAGGCUCCCGAUACCGAUUUAACGGACCAUGUCGGGCUGGAGCUUUUGCCACCGCUGCCUCCCUUGAAGACUGACUGCGAAUCUCUGCCUGGCAACGCCGAUGCAUCAUCCCCUUCAGCCUCUGAUGUUGUCGGUCUUUCUUCGCCUCAGACACGGAGCCCGACGUUGUCCAACUCGAGCGCCACUAGCUCUAGCUCUAGCUCUCUCCAUGAUGAUGGCUUGGCUGACGGUGGUGUUUCUUUGCAACGUCAUCAAUUUGACGGACCCAGCUGGCCCAGCAAUAUUACCGAAAACAACGGAGUCCCCUUGGAAGACUCAGACCACCAACAUGGCUUCUUACAACAUGCCAGCUCUGACUCGCAGCAGCAGUCUCCAGUUUCGCAUACAGAAUCCGUCGAACUUCCGGAUGGUGCCAAUAUGAUUCAGAAUGACCGGGAAAUCCUACCUUCAGUAGUGUCGGACAUACCCGGGGGAACGGAACAUCCAGCAAGAUAUGAUCCCUUGUCGUCACGGGACAACGGUGUGCAUUUGCUAGCUGCUUCACCCACUACAGGAACCGCCCAUACUACUCCCGUUGCCAACUUAGCUAUAGAUUCUCAGGAUGUAUCAAUGGAAUCUGCCUACGAGGAUAUAUAUACGGAUUUUGCUUCCGAUGAAGAUCCACAUCCUAAUGACCGCAUGGAUGAUGAAGCCGGGUACCUUGUCGGCGGUACUUCUACACUACCGUCCGUGGCACCAGUACCGUCAAGUGAUCCUGAAUCCCCCCCUGCUGGGAUCACAAUCGGCCCCCCCGACCAUCUUCACCAACAGGCAGCCCCCAUCACAGCUUCCCCCGCCGAUUUCCCUUAUGAAAUCUUCGAAAACGGGACGGACUUUUUAACGGAGUUCGACUUUGAUUCAUUCCUUCAACAACCAGACCCUAUGGAUCUCGACAAUCCGACCUUCAAUCCUAAUACAACACCCCAAAACAUACCUACUAUCACUACUGUCCCGCCAAUUCUUUUCCCUCAUUUUCAAACCAUUCCCCAAGAGUGGCUCGCGAACCACCCAAACCUUCCCUUUGGAAUAUUCCAGGGCAAUGGAAAUGCCUUCUUCGGGUUCACUACCACAAUUGAUGAUGAUUCACCAGAGUGGCCCGGUCCCCAAUUCCAUGGAGAAUAUGAAAGAAACCUCUCAUUCUCGGAUUUCUGCAAUAUGCUAUCAGCGAAGUAUAGACAAGACCCGGUUGGGAACGCUGAGUGCAAGAUCAAUCAAGAUUUCAUCGAGAUCAUUAACUUCCAUUUACCUUCCAUGGUCUAUAGGGGCCAAGUUGAUGAGUAUCGCCCGGACUACCAAGGAAUACCGUGGCGGGAGUUGGACAUGGAAAGGCACAGGUUCAGACUGCUCAGGAAUCGGAAAUACUCGAACUACGCCAACAUGAAGCCCUAUCCAGAGCCUCACAGAAUGCCACGGUUCCUUCCAAUCAGAGAAAACUACUUCCGAUUCCGGAAGACUUGCAACGAUGUCGAUGUGAAGUUUUCGCAUUUCCAACUUCGUAAUGUAAUCUCGUCGACUUCAAAGAACGAUGUUUUCUAUACUGGAGACUCGACAGUCAUGCGGUAUGACCCGCAAUCCGAUGCCAAGCAGACGAUAAUGGACCUUCGAAGGCCACGUUCUGGGGAUCCUAUCAAAAUUACAACGCUUGCUUCCGACUUCGGGGUCAUCAUUGCAGGCGGGUUCUAUGGGGAGUAUGCUAUGCUGUCCUUAGAUUCGCCUGUCGGAACCAAGCCAAUCGAGGGCUUAGUCACAACUGAUAGUAAUGGGAUAACAAACCAUGUCCACUUUUUCCAAUCGCGGACUACGGGUACGCCACAUGCGGUGUUCUCUUCGAAUGACGAGAGGCUGCGGAUUCUGGACUGUAAUCUUAACAAAAUUGUUGCUGAAUAUAAGCUGCCGUGGGCGAUCAACUGUGCUGACACUUCACCGGAUGGUCGACUGCGGGUGAUCGUCGGGGAUGCGAAAGAAGUAGUGAUACAGGGUACCGAUGACGGGGAAACGAUACACAGACUGCCGGGGCAUCUUGAUUAUGGGUUUGCCUGUGCCUGGUCCGACGAUGGGCAUACCAUUGCUACCGGGAAUCAGGAUAUGAUGGUUAGGGUUUACGACGCCAGAAACUUUAAAAGAGAAGUGGCAGUUCUCGAUGCAGAUAUAGCGGGCGCUCGAUCUUUGAGGUUCACGCCCGUGGGCAGCGGACCAAGGGUCUUGGCGUUCGCGGAACCUGCAGAUAUGGUUUCGAUAGUGGAUGCUGUCACAUGGGAAAGUCGGCAAAGAAUAGACUUCUUUGGCGAGAUUGCCGGGAUCACAUUCUCACCGGACGGACAGGAUCUGUAUAUUGCCAAUUCGGACAGAAUGGUGGGCGGGUUGAUGAAGUUUGAUAGGUGGAAGACUGGGCAUCUGGGUUACUCCGAAGAAGAUGUGUGGGGUAGGGGGGGGAUGGGACAAGAAAUGGAUGAAGAUGGCGAACCUCGAAUUUCCAGGCGAAGGAUGAGGUUGCGGGAUGUUAAUAUGGACAAUUUGGGAAUUGUUUGA